CAAACCGGCCAAGUAGCUUGAUUGUGGAGCGCUUGCGACAGCGCUCACUUCUAGGCUCAAUGUGCAUUUAACCAGCAAACAGUUGCUGCGCUUUGCUGCAUCAUAACGGUUCACAGCGACGAAGUAUACCAAGAAUAUUAUGGCUUAUAAAUAUCACUGGUUAGCUGCACUCAUCCUUGUGCAUGUCUUCUUGCACUACGGUGUCGCCUCAGUUGUGCCCGCUACCGCCGCAACACCAACAGCUCUGCGGCAGGAUAAUAUUAUAGGUUGGAUCACAGCAAUUUUCCGUCCAAACACCACCGCCUCACCGUCAACCUCUGCCACGCCAGCCACGCCAAUGCGCAAUUGUCCGUCUUGCAAUUGCGGCAGCAUCAACACCUUUCAUCGCAUUGUCGGCGGCAUGGACACCGAGGUGAAUGAGUAUCCUUGGAUGGCAAUGCUGAUGCGCCGUGGCGACUUUUAUUGCGGUGGCGCACUGAUCAACGAUCAGUACGUGCUAACGGCAGCGCAUUGUGUGCGUGGUUUCAAUAAGCGUCAGAUCUCCGUGCGUCUAUUGUCGCACAAUCGCACGGACGGCCGUGUGAGUACGAUCGAUCGCCAGCUCGAUAAGAUUAUGGUGCACGACGGUUACAGUACACGCAAUUUAGAUAAUGAUAUUGCACUGUUACGUUUCACCGAACCAGUAGAGUUGCGUGAUCCUUUGCGACCCGUAUGCCUUGCGGAGGCUGGUAAUACCUACGAUGGUGAGCUGGCUGUGGUCACCGGCUGGGGUGCCGUCAAGGAGGGCGGCUUCAUAGCUGAUCGCCUGCAGGAGGUGCAAGUACCCGUUAUGUCACAGGAGACCUGUCGCAAGAGUAAAUAUGGCUCUGACCGCAUUACGGAUAAUAUGCUUUGCGCUGGUUAUCCUGAAGGCGGCAAGGAUUCGUGCCAGGGUGAUAGCGGUGGUCCCUUACAUAUCCCCAAUAAUGCGACGAAGGCCUAUCAGUUGGCUGGUGUUGUGUCUUGGGGAGAGGGCUGUGCACGACCCAAUGCACCGGGUGUUUAUACGCGUGUUACUCAGUAUUUGGAUUGGAUUGAAACGCGUACUGGUGAUUCAUGCAAAUGUGUGGCGGGUAGUGAGGCUGCUGAGAGUGAGAGUAGCAGCACAACACAAGCUGCAGAAAUAGCAAAUAGUGAGUCAAGUACACAGAGUGUUGUAGAUACCACGUCAACUACGGCAGCAAGUGAGAGCAGUAACAACCAAGAGGGCUCUGCAUUGUAAGUUAAUGUAUUUGUGAAGGUAAUUUAAUGAAGUUUGGGAAGGAUUUUGCUAUAAAACAUUAACAAGGCCUUAUUAAAGAGCGGGUAAAGUGAAGAAGCAAUGUAGAAGGACUUCUACUAGAGAUUUAAAUACGGUUUCACAUGCAAGAUAAUAAUGUUGUAAUGAGAAAAGAGAGAAUAAGGGAGAUAGAGGAAGAGAGAAGUAGAGAGAGAGUUAAAUUUGUUAUGAUCUGUGGCUCAUUCUCUCCAAACAAUUUGUUUCGAAAGAGAGUAAUGGAUUAAAGUGGAUGUUAAUAAAAAUUA